CACGGGUGUUAAAAUUCGGAAUGUUAAGCGUGAGAGGUGCCGUACUAACAGCUUGUGCCAGCAUUGCUGUCGCUCAAGUUAACGGUACUACAAAUAGUAGCACAUCAAACUGCAAUCCCUACGUAUUUGAUUAUGAAGGUAAUAGAUAUAACUGGUAUGAUGAUGAUGAGGUAGUCUACAAUGGUACUACACUACUAGGCAAUAUUACAAAUAUAGUGACUGCUGUGGUUGCAAAUAGCACAUUCGCCAAUUAUCCGGAUGAGUACCCUUACCCGCCUGGAAUUGUUAUCACGAUACAAACAGCCGAAGGAAUUUUCGAGAAGGGAUACGGUUACGCUGACGCAGGCAUGCAAACACCCAUGAAAACGAACGCCAGAGUGGAGGUCGGAUCAAAUACUAAGGUGUUUGUUGGUACUUUACUCAUGCAAGCUGUUGAGCAGGGAUUGAUGGAUGUCAAUGACUAUAUGACCUCGUAUAUUCCAGAUGUUGCUGUCACGGUGGUAAAUAGUGAUAAAAUCACAAUCAGACACCUGAUGACACACAAUACAGGAUUGUUCGAUUAUGGUGACGAUAUUAUUCGAAAUUCUUUGGGUUCCAGACAAAACAUGACUGAAUCGUAUAGUCCGGAAGAAUUAGUGAAUUCUAUAAAAGGACGUACAGUGGGCUUCGCCCCUGGUAAUUGCACUGAAUUCUCAUACAGUAAUACCAACUAUGUAUUAGUGGGUCUCAUAUUGGAAGCAGUCCAUAACAAAAGUCUUGUUGAACUUAUGAAUGAGGGUAUACUACAGCCAUUAAACCUGACCGGCACGACUUUCUUUGAAGGAAGCCCAGAUGCUAACAGUUUGGAUAGCCAUGGAUAUUAUUGGAAAUAUGACACGAUGACCUCGUCAGAUGCUAUUUUACUGGACACAACACGAUGGAAUCUCAAUCAGGGAUGGGCUGCAGGUGCCAUCAUUAGCACUGGGCGAGAUAUGGUGACGUUCGCACGUGCCUUAGGAAAAGGUGAAUUGUUUGCGAAGGGCACAGAGACCUUCGAAUUGAUGAACGGCUAUUUCAGAACUUCCAAUAUGGCCCUCUAUGGCUUCAGCGGAUAUGGCUACGGCCUAGGCGAGAGUUUCGCGCCGGAUCUACAUGCUCAUGGCGGGCAAACACUUGGAUUUCGCUCCACCUUCGUGUUCUCUGUCGACCAAGAUUUUCAGGUUUUCAUUGCUCAGAAUGAGGCAGCGGAAAGUACCGCUGCAGUGGAGGCAAACCAAUUUACAACAUUCAUGCCCAGUUUAUAAGCGAAUUAAUGAUGAAGGCAAAGCUAAUAUUGUAUUGAAAGCUACAUGGCAGAUAUUAAUCGAUGCAUAUUUUCCAUCCCAGACAAAUUUGUCGUACAGUAGAUUCGCGCGUUUGAUUGUCCAACACAAUAUUGUAGGAACAAUUUAGUUUGUCA